UCUGUCUUGGAAGGGAGAUACUCACUGCGGCAGCCGGGAGUGACUGUUGUAGUUUCAAAAGGAUACUCUCGAGAAGCGAGUUCGUUUCUGAAGUCCUCCCGAAGAGGGCCUGUAAAUCACCAUGCCAGCCGAUCCGUUGUUCGAUGUGAAGAACUCUUUCUACAUCGGUAACUAUCAGUCAUGUAUAAACGAAGCUCAGAGAAUGGUACCGGAAAGUGUGGAGCAGAAAAAAUACCUGGACGUCUUCCUCUAUCGCUCGUAUAUCGCUCUGAAAAAGUACAAUCUCGUCAUCGGGGAGCUCGACAGUUACUCCGGACCUGAUGAAGUCAAGAGCCUCCGGCUCCUCGCAGAAUACUUGAGCGCUGAACCAAACACCCGUGGGGAUGUUCUACGAAAAUUGGAGAAGCAGCUGGGAUCGUUCUCGCCCGAGAAUACCACGCUGCCUAUCGUCGCGGCGACAAUUUACCUCCAUGAAAACGACAUUGAUAGCGCUCUGAAGGUUCUGUAUAACUGUGACACCUUGGAAGCGAUGGCGCUUUCCCUUCAAUGCUAUAUUCAAUCCGAUCGGCUGGAUCUAGCGACGAAUGAAAUGAAGAGAAUGGUGGCAAAGGACGAAGAUGCAUCACUGACCCAGUUGUGCUCAGGCUGGCUGUAUUUAGCCAUAGGCGGCGACAAACUCCAGGAGGCAUUUUACAUAUUCACGGAAAUGGCUGAGAAAAAUUCCAAAACUCCACUCUUGUCUGUGGGUCUAGCCAGUGUCCUGAUUGCGCAAGGAAAAUGCGAAGAAGCCGAUUCCGUGCUGGCUGAAUCAUUGGAGAAGGAUCCUAAUCAUCUUGAGACGGUCAUCAAUCAAGUUGUCGUUUCUCAGUUUCUUGGGAAGAGCCCCGAGGUUUGCACCAGACUUCUGUCGCAGCUGAAAAACUCCAAUCAGAGCCAUCCGUUCGUUCUCGAUUAUCAAUUGAAGGAGCAACAAUUCCACUCAUUAUGUCAGUCAUUUGCGAAUUGAACCUUACCCCCCGUGUGUUUUUGAGCGUGUUUGAAUAAAUGUCGCCCCAAGUCGUACACCCCAAGUCGUGUA